GCGAUGUUAGGCUGAUAAACAGCUGUUACUGACGUGUUUUUGGUGUAAUGAAAGGGAAAAAUUGUUAAAAUUGUGUAAUAUUACUUAAAUGCGUGCGAUCCGCAUAUUACUGCAUUGGUCAACAUGAAGCUUAGCCGCUGGUCACUGUUUUGGAAUGCUGCUGUCAUUUGUCUCGCACUGCAAACGGCAGCAGUGGACAACAGCGGGCAGGAAAAUACGAUACUUAACAAUUCUAGUACACCAGAAAGUGGUAACGUCAGUCAAGUAAAUUCGUCACCCAGCAAUAAUCCACUGAUCAACGUCACAGUCUCAACUGUUACUCCCAUCAAUGGAAGUACCACAAGGAAGGGGGGAAACAAUUCUACUCUAGUCACGGAAUCACCGCUUAUUGAUUUCCAUGCUGUUGAGCAGGAACAUAACUCGUCGCUUUCCUUGUUCUUUCUUACACAAAUAAUUAUGCUGGGUAUUCUUUUGAUACACUCAAUGCUUCAGACUGGAUUCCAAUAUCUGCCGGAGAGCAUCGUGGUGGUUUUCCUAGGCGCCUUUAUUGGACUGUCCUUAAACGUUAUGUCCGGACAAAAUGGCAGCUGGAAGCGCGAAGAGGUCUUUUCCCCAAUGGGAUUCUUCCUUGUCCUCUUACCGCCCAUUAUAUUUGAAUCCGGCUACAAUUUGCACAAGGGAAACUUUUUUCAGAACAUUGGCUCGAUUCUAGUCUUCGCCAUUUUUGGCACAACCAUAUCUGCUUUGGUCAUCGGAGCCGGAAUAUACUUGCUUGGUCUUGCAGAGGUGGCAUUCCGGCUUAGCUUUUCAGAGUCAUUCGCCUUUGGAUCGCUCAUCUCCGCUGUUGAUCCUGUCGCAACUGUGGCCAUUUUCCAUGCUUUGGAUGUUGAUCCAAUACUUAACAUGUUAGUGUUCGGCGAGAGCAUUCUGAACGACGCUAUAUCGAUUGUGCUAACCGCUUCCAUCACACAAUCUGCCAAUGACAAUGCAGAGGCCAGCACUGGAGAGGCAAUUUUCCAUGCCCUAAAGACGUUCUGUGCCAUGUUCUUUGCUUCGGCCGGCAUCGGAGUCAUCUUCGCAUUGAUAUCGGCACUCUUGCUUAAGCACAUUGACUUGCGAAAGCAUCCGUCCCUUGAGUUCGCCAUGAUGCUCAUGUUCACCUACGGUCCCUACGUUUUAGCCGAGGGUAUUCACUUAAGUGGAAUCAUGGCCAUACUGUUUUGUGGAAUCGUGAUGUCUCAUUACACACAUUUCAACUUGUCUACGGUCACUCAAAUCACGAUGCAGCAGACAAUGAGGACUCUGGCUUUUAUAGCCGAAACUUGUGUGUUCGCCUAUCUGGGACUAGCUAUCUUUUCAUUCAAGCACCAAGUGGAGCUGUCGUUUGUUAUAUGGGCGAUCGUACUGUGUCUAAUUGGACGCGCCUGCAACAUCUUUCCUCUCGCAUUUUUGGUUAACAAAUUCCGCGAGCACAAAAUUAACAACAAGAUGCAGUUUAUUAUGUGGUUUUCUGGCUUACGUGGAGCCAUUUCCUAUGCGCUAUCUUUGCACUUGAAUCUGGACAGCCAAGAGAAACGCCACGUUAUUAUUACAACCACAUUGAUAAUCGUGCUUUUUACAACCUUGGUUUUGGGUGGUUCUACCAUGCCCCUGCUGAAGUAUCUUAAGCCAGGAAAAAAACGAAGGCCACGUGGAACUGUACGCAACUCGUUCGAGGAGGGAGCGGGAGCGCCCCGAAGCAACAACAGCCGCAAACGCUCAAAAUCCAUUUCUCUGUCGAAGACACGGGAGUGGGGACAGGCCAUCGAUUCAGAGCAUUUGUCCGAACUUACCGAAGAGGAGGAUGUCUCCUUUAACCAGGCUCGCAAUCGCUUUGGGCGCCUCGAUCGCAAGUACUUUAUUCCAUUCUUCACACGUCGAUUCAACAGCCAGGAGUUGCACGAGUGCAAGUCUCAGAUGGCAGACUUGACCAACAAGUGGUAUCAGGCGAUUCGUGUGAGUCCCUUAGACUCGGACGAGUCGGAUGAGGAGAUUGGAUUAGCAGCUAGCACAAGUCAGAGCCAUCUCACACGGUCGUAGAAUUAAAUGAUAGAUGGAACUCUGUGGCUGUGUUAAUUCAAUUUUGUGGCCAAAGUGAAGGAUCGUAUGUAUUUAUUUUUUAGUUGGUAUAGAUCAUGUGAAUGUCAUGAUCAUUAUGAAUGUGAAAAUGUGAUUGGUGGUGGUGGUGUACAUCAACUUGUAGAAUAUUUUGCUUCCCUAUCUUGUUUUUGUUGGAUAUAAAUCCAAACAACUUUUUUUUCUAGAUUAUUUCUUUAUUUAUCGGCUCUAACCAGUAUUCCAAUUAAAUCCAACAUUGUUCUCUGGGGGAAAAUUAAAAACAGCCAUUUUGAAGUGCAUUGAGUCAAAACAGUGAUACUUUUAAGUGUAUUAUAUAUGUAUUUGUGAUUUUGUAAAUGUUUGAAAACCAAAUAUAAUAAAUAUGUAAUUGUGAUACGAAUAA